AUGUCGAUGCCCCCGCGAGCUCUAUCCUCCCAUCUUAGAGGGUCGUCCGUCUCGGGAGGCGGCUCCGGGCCGUCUCCUGCUCUCGUCGCACGCAUCGAGGAGAAGAAGGCUGAGCUCGAAAACCUCAGGCAACUGCGCGACCUCAGCGCCGCGGUAGCGGGACAAAUGGAGGCGCUGGAGCAAAAGUUGUCGACGCUCUCGGACGGAACCGAAGCCAUUGCUACGGUGCUGGGUAACUGGCACAAUGUUUUACGUGCAAUCAGCAUGGCGUCAACCAAACUAUCGAAACCAUCGGGUGACGACGCUCCACCUGCCCUUCCCCAGACUCUUGUCCGCAUUCCCACCGAGCACGCGCCCGCGCUUCAGGCUCAAGCAGAUGCUGUUGCGGAGGCCGAAGCGGAGGCAGCGUUAGAGAGCAGUUUACAAAGCCCUUGA